GAGGCGCUCACUUUUGAAUUGUGGCAGGUGAAUGUGCAGCGAAGAUGACAUCUCGUGAGUUUAUACAUUUAAUCUGUGCAUUUGGACUCUUUCAUGAAGGUCUGACAGCUCUGAUCCAGACACAGCGGACUGUGAUGGCAGCUGAAGGAAAAGAAGCUCAGUUCAGCUGUCGGCUGACUCAAUCUAAAGAUGUUCUUCAGGUCACAUGGCAGAAACUUUUACCUGAUGGGGUAAAGAUUCUUUGCACUUUCAACAAGUACUUUGGUCAGCGAGUGAAUCCUGACUUUAGAGAUAAAGUGGACUUUAAAGCUGCUGGACUGCAGAACAGCUCCAUAGUGAUCAGGAAGGUGACGGAGCUGGAUGAAGGCUGCUAUCACUGCUUGUUCAACACCUACCGUGAAGGUGCCCUCACAGGUACAACCUGCCUCCACCUCUAUGAGCUGCAUGAACCCAUUCUACAUGUGAGACAGUCAAACUCUAGUGAAGAGGCACUUGUGUCCUGCUCGGCCACAGGUCGACCUGCUCCCACUGUGACAUUAAGAGUCCUGCAGAAAGACCGCCACCUCUCAGGCUACAGCUCCGUCAGCGUCACCAACAGCAACGGUACAGUCACUGUCACCACUACAGCUGUGCUGUCGGCCUCAAAUGACAGCAGCACACAGGUUGGAUGUGCAGUGCGAGUGCUCUCUGGUCCUCAGAUAGAGACGUCUGUGAUGUUUCCUGAGGUCAAACGGUCGUCUGCUGAUGGUUUGUUUGAGGAAUCUGAGCCUGAUGACGAUGAUUCCAGUGUCACUUGGAUCAUUGUGUGUGUGUUCGUGGUCUUCAGUGUCUGUUGUGUUGCAGUCAUCAUCUCAGUCCUGCUUCUACAACAACAAAAGAAAAGUGUGUCGCGCAGGGACUCUGAGGACAUCAGGACACCACAAAAACUGAUGGAACACACUCAUGAGACCAAAGCCCCUUUAAUGCAGCAAGAGAGCGAGCAGGUGAGGCUGCGGGUGUCUACUGGGUCAAAACAAAGCAAGAACUCCCCAGAAGUAUCAUCUGGGACAGCAAAGUGUCAGCUGUUUUAACCAGUGCCAGCUGUUUGUGCCAGAGGAUCACCCACAGGCCUGCAGUGACAGGGUGAGGACAGAUAUGGUGACAUUUGUGAAGGGAGUGACACCGGCAGACUGUAUAAGAUCCAUCUUUCAGUCACGCACAGAGAACAUGUCUGU